UGACAAGMAAAGGGGGCGGUGGCGGAACUGAAGUAGAGCUCAACUUUUCUGGUUUAUAAUAACCCGAUAAGACUGUAGAUAGUUACUGUGAUGUUAUUGCAGCUACUUGUAGGAAGUGGCCGCACUCUGAGAGGAGCUGCUACAGCGUUAAAGUCGGCASCUGUGGAAGUGAAGACCCGGACAGUCCGCCUCCUUCAAAGCUCAGUGAGGAAGUCUCACCUGGUCCAACAAGCCAACAUGAGGGUCGAACUUCUCCCAGCUCUCAGUGACAACUACAUGUACCUACUGAUCGAUGAGGAAUCCAAAGAAGCAGCUAUUGUUGACCCAGUGGAGCCAAUAAAGGUUGUGGAAGCUGUCAGAAAACAUGGCGUUAAACUCACAACCGUUCUGACCACCCAUCACCACUGGGAUCACGCCGGUGGAAAUGAGAAGAUGGUGAAACUAAUGCCAGGACUGAAGGUGUAUGGAGGCGAUGACAGAGUUGAUGCCAUCACGAAGAAAGUUUCUCACUCCAACACUUUUAAACUUGGAUCACUGAACAUUAAAUGCCUCUUCACGCCUUGUCACACAACUGGUCACAUCUGUUACUAUGUAACUAAAGAGAGCAGCUCGGAGCCACCUGCUGUUUUCACAGGUGACACACUGUUUGUGGCUGGUUGUGGGAAAUUCUUUGAGGGCACAGCGGAGCAGAUGUACAAAGCCCUGAUAGACAUUUUGGGACGUCUUCCUCCCGAAACACGUGUUUACUGCGGUCACGAGUACACUGUCAGCAAUCUGAAGUUUGCUCGUCAUGUCGAACCAGAUAAUGAAGUCAUUCAGAAGAAGCUGGCUUGGGCAAAGGAGAGGUGCAACGAYGGAGAGCCAACCAUACCGUCCACUUUGGCAGACGAAUUUACCUUCAAUCCUUUUAUGAGAGUAAAAGAGAAGUCUGUCCAAGACCACGUGAAGCAGACAGAACCGAUUGAAACCAUGAGAAGUCUUCGGAAAGAAAAAGAUGGUUUCCGUCUUCCUAAGGAUUGAAACAGUCAUGUUCAUUUUAACCGCUCGCAGCUCUGCCGAUUGUUCAUUCGAUACUUAAAACAACUUCUCCUCACGGCCAUUUUAAAGAAAAGAUCCACUACAUUAAAUGGAGGUACAUAGUAUUACCACUAAGUUCAGUUAUAUUAAAGUUGUAAACACYUUUAUCAUUCUGUUUUAUUUGAUUUGUUUGGCUGAUGUUGAUGUGAAAGUCUUAAGGAAUAUAUGGCCAUGAGCUGAAUGCUUUAAGAGAAAAUAACAAUACUUUGUAAAUGAUUAAGAGUUUAUUUAGUGUGAUGUGUUAAUAUAUUAAUGAGCCAGCAGUUUCAUUAGAGGUUCAGAAGACAGCCAUGUAAAGAAGAAAUACUGGUCGAUGUGUAAAAAUUCUGUGCAUAGAUUUGGUAAUCAGUAGUAAUGUCUAAUUCUCUAAAGAUUUAUAUUUGGUGUUCUUUUCUGAGAGUGAACAUCUUGUCAUAUCAUUUACUUCAUUUUUUUAUCCUAAAAACUAUAUUGGAGUAAAAUGUUAAACUACAUUUCUAAGUUUCAGUUUUAUGACAGUGAAUACGAGCUUUACUUUAUAGAAAUCAUAGAAAAAAACCCUGUGUAAUUUUCAUGGAAAAAGCAAUAAAUCACAUGCUGUAGAAAAGUUAAAAA